AUGAGUCUUGGAACUUAAAUCUCAGAUUCAAUUUAUAAGCUUAAAAUACUUACAAAAAAGUUAGAAGAUAAUCAUGUACUGAAAAAAGAUUUAGGCAAGUACUAGAUCUAUGCUUUGUUUCAUCUUGAAAUGCUCCAUGACCCCUUGACUUCCAGUUAAAUGGCAAAUUUCAUAAAAAAUAGCUUAGCUUUAAGAACUAAAGACAAAUUUUUUGGAAUUAUGUCUAAUAAUGGUGGAGCUGCAAUUUAACUUCAUAACUAAAUAGCAGAUGUAGGAGUGUCAAUUAUUUCAGCUUGGGGAGGAGGUAGAUCUAACUGGGAAUUUUUAUAUGGAAAUAAGGCAUUUUGUGAUUUAUUUAAAAUCCCAGAAAGUAAUCUUUAGGGUAGAAAUAUAAAUCAAAUUAUGCCAAGAUAGAUUGCUCUUUUCCAUGACUCUAUCAUCAGAAAAUUUUACUUAGAUGGUCAUCCUAAAAUCUUAGGUAAACUGAGAGUUUUAACUGCAAAAGCAAAUGACGGGUAUCUUAUUCCAAUUUAACUUCGAAUCAAUUUCUACUAUCAUCCUAAAUUCAGUUAUUCUUUUGUUGCUUAAGCUGAGAGAAUAAAGUAUUGGAAUUUAUUUAAUGAAGAAUAGAAUAGAAUUCUAACUAGUGAUUGUAUGAUGCUGUUAACAGAUGAUAAUCUUAAUGUUAUCGAAUUUUCAAAAAGCUUUCUAACUUAUACUGGUCUAAAUGCAUAAAAAAUAGAAAAUAAUGAGGAAGUAACAGGGUUCAAAGAAAAUUUGCAAAACUUUUUAGUCGAUAUCUAAAAAUCAUUUGCUUAAGAUUUUGGAACAAAUACAAUUUUACCUGAAAAGGAAAAUAUCGGAAUAGUAAAUAAAAUAGUUACUUGCAGAAAAUUUAAUUCUGAAAUGGAUUCAUUUGAUCACUUACAAACUUUUCCAUGUCUCUUGAAUUAUUUCUAACAGAGAAUAUUAGCUAAUAAUGAUGAAAUAAGGCUAAAUAUUUUCAUGAUACUUCCUUUAAGUAAGCACCCAGAUUUUGAAUUAAUGGGUUCUUAGACAGGUUUAUAUUCUAAGAAAUUCUCGACAUCUUAAGUUGUAUACAAAAAGAGCACAUCAACAGGUAACCCCAUCACAGAGGGAAGAGAACUUUAAGAUAAAUCUUCUUCACAUUAUGCUAAAAACCUACUCUUCUAAAGAAAAGCCCCUAAAAUACUUAAAAUUAACGCAGCUGUGCUGGCCUGUACUAUUGUUUCUUUUCUAAUUAUCAGCAUUUACAAUCUCGCUGCUUUUACAGACAAGCAUUAGUAGAUUUCUGGCAGACUAACAGCAAUGUCAUACAUAAGUCAAAGAAACGCCAAUAUGAGAGCCUCAAUACUCAACAUUAAAACAAUUCACUUAAUUGUUUAAGAUUUGAAAAAUUUAAACCAAUCUAGUGUUUUACCUCCAAAUAGAUCCAGAAUAGAUUACUACUUGAGAAAUAUGAUAACGAAUCUUGGAAUAGUUAGAGAUUAGGCAGAUAAACUAAAUACCUUCAUUUCUUUGAAUAAGUAGUAUUUUAGCUUUAAUUUGAACUUUGACAAUCUGACCUUUUUAACUGAUCAGGGGUACAUGUAUAAAAUUAAUGUGGUGUUUAAACAAGCUACCAAACUUUUAGGAAGUUAUUCGGAAGCACUAACUGUUGCUGAUUUUGUAAACGAAAAGCCUAAAGUUUGA